UAUAUAUGUAUUGUGCAUGAUACCGUGAGACUUCUUCAAAAAAGGAAGCAGCUUUGGUUUGCUGCAGAUCGAGGUUAGGUAUGGAGAAGAAGAAGUAAGCAAAAAAAACGAAAAAAAACGGCGAGAAGUUUGUGAUUGUUGAGGCAAAACAACACGGAAUCUGAGAGAGAAGAGGAGAAGACAAAAAAAUAAAAGAGAGAGAAAGAGAGAUCGGUUUCGUGGCGGAAGGAGAGAGUGAAUAAUUACGUUCCUCUCUCAAUCAAUACGGACAUAACCGUCCGUUGUGUUGUGUGUCCUUUGUUUUAUAAAGCAAAUAAAGUUUUGCUUUUUUGUUUUUUGUUUUGGUGUUGCUCCAUUGAUGGGUCUGUUCUUUCUUCUCUCUCGUGUUUCUUUCAUGGGGGGGUUUUAGUUAAAAGACUAGUGUUUACUGCGUGCCUCAAGGGUUUUUUCUUCUUCUUCUUCUACUGCUCUCUCAUCUGGGGUUCUUCUUCAAUGGCGAGUGUUGAAGGUGAUGAUGAUUUCAGAACUUCUUUGUCAAGGUCUUAUCAGGAUCAACUAUACACAGAGCUAUGGAAAGCUUGUGCAGGUCCAUUAGUUGAAGUUCCUCGUGCUGAAGAACGAGUUUUCUACUUCCCUCAGGGUCACAUGGAACAACUUGUGGCUUCAACUAAUCAGGGAAUCAAAUCAGAAGAAAUACCUAAAUUUAAUCUUCCUCCAAAGAUACUUUGUCGAGUUCUUAAUGUCACAUUAAAGGCGGAGCAUGAGACUGAUGAAGUUUACGCUCAGAUCACAUUAAAACCAGAGGAACAUCAAAUUGAACCCACAAGUCUUGAUCCACCUUUGGUUGAACCAGCUAAGCAAAUGUUCCAUUCGUUUGUUAAGAUUUUAACGGCUUCAGAUACAAGCACUCAUGGUGGAUUCUCUGUUCUUCGUAAACACGCCACUGAAUGCUUGCCUGCCUUGGAUAUGACACAAGCUACUCCUACUCAAGAACUUGUGACUAGAGAUCUUCAUGGCUUUGAGUGGAGGUUUAAGCAUAUUUUCAGAGGACAACCUAGGAGACAUUUGCUUACAACGGGUUGGAGUACAUUUGUAUCCUCGAAAAGACUUGUAGCUGGAGAUGCUUUUGUGUUCUUGAGGGGUGAGAAUGGAGAUUUACGUGUUGGAGUGAGGCGAUUAGCUCGACAUCAAAGCACGAUGCCUACUUCGGUUAUCUCAAGUCAGAGCAUGCAUUUGGGAGUUCUUGCUACAGCUUCUCAUGCCGUGGGUUCAAAAACAAUGUUUGUUGUGUUUUACAAGCCUAGGAUAAGCCAAUUCAUAGUUGGUGUGAACAAGUAUAUGGAAGCUAUAAAGCAUGGCUUUUCUCUUGGUACACGAUUCAGAAUGAGAUUUGAAGGAGAAGAGUCUCCUGAGAGAAUAUUUACAGGUACGAUUGUGGGAACUGGUGAUCUAUCUUCAGAGUGGCCAGCUUCUAAAUGGAGGUCAUUGCAGGUCCAAUGGGAUGAGCCAACAACAGUUCAGAGACCAGACAAAGUGUCACCAUGGGAGAUAGAGCCUUUCUUGCCAACAUCCCCAAUUUCAACCCCUGCUCAACAACCACAACCACAAUCGAAAUGCAAGAGGUCAAGACCCAUGGAGCCAUCGGUUACAACACCAGCUCCACCUAGUUUCUUGUACAGCUUCCCUCAGAGCCAAGAUCCCGCCAAUACAUCCCUUAAACUGUUCCAAGAUCCAUCACUUGAGAGAAGUUCAGGUGGAUACUCCUCAAACAACAGCCUCAUAGCCGAGACUCCUCCUCCAACGAAUGGUUGCUAUAGGUUGUUUGGAUUUGAUCUCACAAGCAAUCCCACUGCUCCGAUCUUUCCAGACAAACAACCAAACGAUACUUGUGGAGCUGCCAAGUGUCAAGAACCCAUCACUCCAACCUCAAUGAACGAGCAGAAGAAGCAGCAAACAUCCAGAAGUCGAACUAAAGUGCAAAUGCAAGGGAUUGCGGUUGGCCGUGCGGUUGAUUUAACACUGUUGAAGUCAUACGAUGAAUUGAUAAAGGAGCUUGAGAGGAUGUUUGAGAUUCAAGGACAACUUCGUCCUCGAGACAAAUGGGUCGUUGUCUUCACAGAUGAUGAAGGAGAUAUGAUGCUUGCUGGAGAUGAUCCAUGGAAUGAGUUUUGCAAGAUGGCCAAGAAGAUAUUUAUAUAUUCCAGCGAUGAAGUUAAGAAGAUGACAACAAAACGGAAGCUUUCUUCGUCGUUAGAGAAUGAAGAAUGAUGUAAUAAUCAUCGAAGUAGGGUGGUGAGGGUUUAGCUGUUAAUUAAGGUUUAAUCCGGCGACGUCGUUUUAGUACUUAAGGUUCCAUAGAGACUCAGUCUGUGUAUAUAAAAAGUCUCUUUUUUUUUUCAUGUCAAUUUUUUAGGUUGGCGAUUUUAAAUAUUUCGGUUUUGGGACAGUGGUUGAUGGGUCGGUUCACAUCUUUAUGUACUUUGUUGUGUUCCAUAACCAUUCAAUUUUUCAAAACCAAGUAUGUACAUCAAAUUAGUUAUGGGUUCGAAGAUUCUAAUAA